ACCAAGUGAGGGUUACACUGACGAUGCUUGCACCGCCUGACCUCGUUGGAUGACUGCGGGGGGCCUACAGUUUGCUGUGAGCCAUGUGAAGUGCCUUGUGUGUUGUCGCCCGGAUAUUCAGUCCAUGCUAUUGCCGAGGGCGGUAGAAAAAGUAGGGCAGCCAAUUGCAUCGGCAUCAUCGACCGAAGACAGUGGUCAAAAUCAUUCCAAUGGAAGCAAACGUGCAGCUUGUAUACCCCCAUAUACACCCAAUCAAAAUUACAGUUGAGAUAACAGAGACUGUACUUUGCAGUUGAGGCAAUUGCUUGGUGCAAGUAAAACUGUGUUUUGGAGCUGGACUGGUGAGGGGUUGAAGCUGGCUUUAAAUCCGCCAUCUGCUCAACUGUUGUGCUCUGCUUCUUUCUUUUCCAUCCAUCAAACCCUGUACAUUCAAUUCUCUGUGAAGGCCAGUGAUGGCCUUGGGCAGCAGUACCAUUUCAAGUUUCAUGUUGUGUCUGUCUUCAUUGACGGACACACAUGAGUGCUGUGGGCCCACCAUCACUGGCCUGGGGGAUUCAGCGCGGGCCACUCUCUUCUUCACUUCUUCCAGUUUUUGCCUUCCCUCUGCAUCGACCGUCGAACGCCUUUGUCUUGAUCACCAGGCAGUAUCCUUCCGCCAGAACAUCGCACUCCCGAUUGCGUUCUCGCAUCCCCACCUCAGCAACCAAGCUCAUCGGAAAUACUUGGAGGCUGUUCGUCAAGGUACUCGGUAUCCUUUGA